GCACAGAAUUUUUUGUUUCCACACAACGCUGAUCAACCGAGCUAUUAGUCUACUCGUCCCCGCUUACUAUGCCACCUAAGAGAGCAAAAAAAAUCCCGCUGAAUGAGUUUCUCGGGGACAGCGCCCUGGGCUCAUGGGCCGAUGAAAUGGAAAGCCUUCCCAGUGCCCCGGCUGUACGCACUGACGAGGAGAACGCGCGAGGAAACGAUCGUUACGGCCGCCGCGACGAUUUCCUGUCCAGCCGACCGGAUCGUGUCGCUGCAGGGCCUCCACGCGACGAUUUGCCAUUGCCUACCCAGCCCCCGUAUACCGCCUUUGUUGGCAACCUGUCCUUCGAUCUGACCGAGGGAGAGCUCGAGGAAUUCUUCGGAUCGCCUAGGACCAAAUCCAUCAAGCUCAUUAAGGACAGGGAGGACAAACCCAAGGGCUUCGGAUACAUCGAAUUUGAAGAUCUAGAUGAUCUGAAGGAUGCAAUCGCUAAAAACGGAUCGAACUUUUCUGGCCGGACAAUUCGAGUGAGCGUAGCCGAUCCUCCCAAGGAACGAGGAGGGUUCCCUGAGGAUGACGCCAAAUUUGAAAACAAUUGGAGGCGCGAGGGACCGCUCCCCACCAGCAAUAAUUCCCGAGAACCAUCUCGACGGAGAUUUGAUUCCACGACCAGUAAUCUACCUUCAGUUUCAGAAGGGGCCAUUGAUUGGCGCGCUAAUCGCCCUGUUCGUUCUGUUGCUCCACCCGAACCUGAAUCUUCGUAUCGGCGACGGCCCAGCAACUUCACACCCCCGGAACCAACUGCCGCUGACCGCGAAGAAUCUUGGACUAUGGGUUCCAAGUUCAAACCUGCUCCUGUAGCCGAAGAAAGCUCUGGCGGCAGCCGUUUUGGUGCUCCUCGUAGCGGACCACCCCGUGAGCCAUCUGUCAAGGACAUUGCGAUGGGCGAUGACUGGCGAACGUCCCGGCCAAAGGCCGUUUCAAGCACUUCUCGUAGGUGCUUUGCAGCUGCGUUCAUCCCCGGAGCUGACGUCUCUCCAGCGAACAGUUCAACACCGCCGACUCCGCAGCUGAGUCGACGAAAACUCGAACUCCUUCCUCGAUCUGGCAGUGCUUCCAAUGUCCCGAGCCCUCUUUCUUCUCCGAAAAUAGGACCGACUCCGCCUGCGAGUGCGACGUCGCGAUCCAAUCCGUUUGGUGCGGCUAGGCCUGUUGAUUCGGCCAAUCGCGAAAAGGAGGUCGAAGAACGCAUCGAAAAAGACCGCGAAGUAUCCAAGGAAAAAUUGUCCAUGUCACGCACGAAUUCCCGAACUGCGAUGGAAAGAACACCUUUCAAUCGAACGAGGAGUCCCCCGCCGGAAUCCCCGCAGUCCCCGCAGUCCCCGAAAUUGACCCCAGUUGGUUCAUCAAAGCCAGCUAUCUCCACAGCACCGUCGGUGCGCCCGUCGCUCAGUUUCGCUAGUGCCGCCAAGAAAGACAACGUGACUGAGACGAAGAAGGAGGAAUCGGAUGCCAGUGUUACCCAAAUUACGGAGGUCAUCUCAGAGGUCACUAUCUGACGUGUAAAUGCAUUAAUUUUUUC